CUCUACCGUAAGGUGGCGUUCGGUUGUUAUGUGUGUCGAAUGACGCUUUGGAUGCUGUUUUAGGCACAUUUUCCAUAAACAAGAUGACAACGAGGAUAAGUAUUACGUCAGAAACAUCGGGAUAUGACAAUGCUUACCUGCCCAUUAAGGUUGAUCUUAAUAACUUUGAAGACCCUCAAUUUGAAGACAGCAAGUAUGUGCUGUCAAGUCCAAGGUCGCUUGAGGCUUGCUCACGGUUCUCAGUAAAGCCAGUGGACCUGCUGUACAAGCCGCUGGCAGAGUUCCAGGAGGAGCUGCUACCCCAGGACAUCCCCCUCCGUACCAUCUACAACAUCUACGAUGAACACGAGCAGGCCAGAGUCCGCAAGCUUCAGCUGUGUCGGGAGGAAAGGUACCGGAUCAUCGCUACAGAGCCACAUUACAACACUACAGGGACAAACAAAAACACAGUCAGGAUCAACACGGGUGUUGGUUUUGACAAGGGCUCGCUACAGAGACAGAGGACAGCCUGGGCAACAUCAGUUGGCCACAAGAGACUCACGACCAAGGAUGUCCAGAACAGAGCUGAAGAACUGCACCAUGAAAGCCUUAAACUCAAGCAUGAGCUGCUCUCUAGGAAAGAAGGUCGAGCCAGCAAGUCAAAAGCAGUUAGAAAUCGCAGUGCUUCAAGAAACACCUCUCCAACCAGAAACACCUCGGCAACCAGCAUUCCCAGGUCAUCACGGAACACAUCUACCAGGAGUAACACAUCCACAAGGUCAACAAGGUCAAAGAUCAACACAAGCAGAUCACCUGUGAAAAUACCAGAAACUGAUAAACGGAUUGUGGAGUUGAUGAAGAAGAAGCGCAUCACUGAGAGGAAGCUGUAUGCCCAGCGUGAGAAGGCGAGGGUGGCCUGGGACGAUGAGAGACGGGAGGAGCUGCAGAUCCGUGACCACGCCGAGACACAGAGGAGACUUCUGUUAGCGGAGGAGAACAGAGUCCGACAUAUGAAGAAGCAAUCAGCGGAUAAGAGGAAGAGGAAGACAGAGGAAGAACUGAGACGGGGGAAGGAGUUGUCUGUCCUGGAGUCCAGCAGACAGUGGGAGGACAGUCUACACAAGCAGCUGCAGAUGAGGGAACAGCAACUAGUUGAGAAGCAAGAGAGAGAAAAACUGAGGAAGAGCAUGCAGGAUCUGAGUUUGAAGCGGAGUGCCACGGAACGUGAGGCUGUGGGACAACUUGUUCAACAGAGGCUGGAGGCUGAGAUCCGCAAUGCAGAACAGAAGAAAGAGAUGCGAGCCCACGCCGAGAGGAUGAAAAAGAUGCUGGAAAAUCAUAAGGAAAGAGAAAUAUUUGAAAAGAAUAGACAACAAGUUGAGAGACUGAACAGAGAGAAAAGUAACCAUUUGUGUUCCUCUGUGGACAUGAAGCAUUUGUCGGCCAGGUCAAACUUUGAAAAGAUGUUGCAGCAGAAAUAUCACGAGAUGAUGCUCAACCAGAGUAAACGUGAGAAACGGCAGGAUUUCGCUCGACAGUCCCAGGAGAAGAUGGACAGUGAGAUGGAGGCAUGGAGACAGGAUCUGGUGCAUCGCAGAAAACAGCUGGAAAGGAAGGCUAGUGCGAGUGUGGAGCGACGGCGACAAGAGACGUCACGGAGGCUCCAGGAGGAACGCAAGGUCAAGGAGAAGGAGCACAGAGUCAACAUUAAGAAGGUGCAUAAGGAGCUCCAGAAGUGGGAGCAAGGUCUGAGGUCGGAGAUCCAACUGAAGGACAAGAAGUCCCAGAUGUUGCAGGAAGAGAAGGAUGCCACCAUCUUGCAGACAAGAGCAGUAGCUGAGGCAACGCAGAAGCUGAGAGAUGAGGUUCGGCACAAGUAUGACAAUGAAACAAUCGGUCAGAAAGCUCUUCAAGCUGAACUGUAUUCCAAGAUUGGGAGCGGUGUUGUGUCUGCAGUUAAAAAUUCCUCAAGUUUUCGAUUUGGAUGAAGCCUUUAGUCUCUAAUGCUGAUUAUAUAUCACUCCUGCUGAGGAUCUUGUAGAGAAUAUACUUAAAGGCCAAAUUAAUGUUGAAUGUUGAUCAUUUUGUGAUCUAAAACUCCUUUCUGUGAAAAUUUAAAGUGAACUUAUGUUUAAUUCAGCUGAAGAUGCACCUUUAGGCUUUUCUAAAGAUUUUAAGUUUUGAAAUUGAAAUUUAUACCAAUUUGAUAUAUUUUUGCUUUAAUUCCAAAUAAGAGCUACAAUUUGAGAUUUGACUUUCUAUUUAAUGCCAAUACUCAUUUAAAUGUCAUCACAUGACUGUUGUCUUGACAACAGGCUGUGUACUGAUAUCAAUCAGGUACCGAUAAUCCAUAUCCUCCUUUUAUAUAUUUGCUUGAUUUUUGCCUUUGAGUACAUUCCAGCUUACACAAGUUAAGUUAAACAAAAGAUGAAACUAUUUAUUUUCCAUUUACACAAUUUAUACAUUGAUCUGUUGAUAUGAAUACGUUCUUUACUGAUUAGCUGAUACAGAAAAAUAUGCCCCUCAGAAAUAUUAAUGUAUGUGUUUUGUUGUCAUUUGUUAUUUUAAGUGAUGUUUGUACAUAGUUUUACUCAUUUUGUUUUACAUUCAUAGUGAUAGUUGUUGUGAAAACAUUAUCUGUGAUAAUAAUCAAUUUAUGGUUGUGCAGCAAAAUUGUUUGCAUACUUUUAUUGUGUCUGUCAUCUAGGGCUGGGACGAGUCCAUGUUUACUACCUGGGCACCCACCCCCGUAUAACCCAACCCUACCUGGGUACCCGGAGUAGGUCUCAAGAGGUCUCAAGGUCUCAAACUGUCUGAUUCAGAAAAGUUUGACUUAGUCCUGGCAUAAUGUGUUUAGAUACACGUAUGAAAUGAUCUGGUGUAUACACUGAAGUUUAAGUUUUGUUUUUAUUCAAACAUAAAAAAGGUCAGAAGGAAUGGGCGUAGUAGUCAGAACUGCGAACAUCAGUGACUUGUAGUUUAAGCAUACAGUUCAAGAUAAUUUUUGUCUUUAAACAAUAUAUCACGUGACUAACCACGGGUCCGGGUAGUCCAAUGGGUACCCGGGUCCUACUCACUCAGUACCCACCCGACGCGAGUAUCCGAGUUACCCGUCCCAGCCCUACUGUCAUCGUUAGGUUUCCAUUAUGAUGAACUGUUGAAAUUAUAGUCGUAUUUUGCCUGGGUGAUUUGUAUCUUGUGUUAUUAUAUCCUCGACUAAAGCAAAUAAGUUAAACAUGCAAAUACAAGGACAAAUUCAGUUUUGAGAUAACUUAAGAAAUCUGGGUAAACUUGAAUAUUCUUUUUACAGUUUUUGAAAACUCGGUGAACUCACGAAUAUAUAGCAUUGAAAAGGCGACUGGAAGCAGAGAGAAAGUUUAAAACAUAAUUUUAAAGUGUUUCCCCUUUUACACAAUCAAGGCAAAUUAACCCCAUAGAGGCCCAGCAAAUAAUUACCGUAUUUUCUUGAGUAUAGUGCGCACCCAUGUUGAAUGCGCACCCCCCUCAAGCGGAGUCAAGAUUUUGAAAAAAAAGAAAUUUGAAUAUUAGGCGCAGAAAUUUUUUACAC